AUAGCCGGCAUUGCAUUGCUUUGAAUGCUAUAAAUACAUGUUUUUGUAUUAAUAAUACAAUAUUACCGUCAUCGAUAACUUGGAUCAACUAAUAUACAGAUAGUUUUUAGUUAUUUAUAAUCAAACGGGAUAUUACUUGUCAAUUGAGAUAAUGAGUGAAAACAGUGCUGUUGUGGCCAAAGAUGAGAUAACGGUCGCAUCCGAAGGCAAUUACAAUCAGGACUUAACUGAUGAAGAAGUGGAUCGACUUCGCAAGUCAUGGGAGAUAACCGACCAUUGGUUGCUUAGAAGAGACUUUAUUUGGACGCAUCGACAUCGGUAUCCAAUGGACAGACUGUUAUGUUUGGCGCAAACCUUUGUCAAUGUGACAAUUCUCGGCAAUGAAUAUGAUUCAAAUAUAAUGAAACAAAUUGACGAAUUGGCCAAAGAUGUCAAAAGUUAUCAACAGUUUAGCCGAAAAAAGUGAUAUUUUGCUUAUAAUGUACUUUAAUUUUA